AGGCCAGUCCAGCUUGGAGUCUUUAACUUUCCGGCACCGGAAAAUUAGAAGGCAGCUAAGUCUGUUGUUUCCAGUAAAUGGUCGAAGGGUACCGAGUCUCAGGGAAGAAAUCCGACGGAAGGCGUUGCGUAGCUGACGGGGAGAUUCCGUGUUUUCCGCUUCUUGGUGGUGAUGCGAAUGGAGGUCAAGGGCGAGGAACUCCGGAGGAGAAUGAUGGACGAGUUGAGCCGCGGCGAGGCGCUCGCGCGGGAGCUCCAGAGGAGCCUCGAUGCGUCGACGUCGUCGGCGGUAGGAGGCGCGGUGUCGUGGGAAUCGAGGGGUCUGUUGGUGAAUGAGUUGCUGUCGUCGUUCGCCAACGCGCGCUCCCUGCUGAAGUCCGGCGAGGGUCCGGCGUGGGAGGUGGCUCCUGCGCUGCCCGCCGCGGCCGUCGACUCGCCGCGGUCCUUCUCUAGCAGCCCUCCGGGAGACAACUCCGACAAGCCCUUCUCGGAUCCCGAGAGGCGGGACGUCUACAGAAAGAGAAAGGCGUUGCCUAAAUGGACAGAACAAGUAUCUGUGGAUCCUGAGUCAGCAACAGCGACGGAAAUGCCGCUAGAUGAUGGGUAUAGCUGGAGAAAAUAUGGCCAGAAGGACAUCCUUGGUGCUAAAUACCCAAGGGGGUACUACAGAUGCACACACCGGCAUGCACAAGGGUGCCAAGCAACAAAGCAGGUGCAAAGAUCUGAUCACAACCCUGCCGUCUUCGACAUCACCUAUUGCGGCAAACACACCUGCAAUCAACUGCCUCAGCUUCCAACCACUUUUUCACCACAUCAAGAGAACCAGCAGAACCAACAACAGAACCUUCAGGUCCAUGGACAGCUUCAAGAUUUGCAGCCGUUGAACUACAAUCAGGAGAUCGGGGCAAAGAUCGCGGCUCUAGACGAAGCAAUCAUGCCUACUCGAUCUUUCUCUUUUCCUUUGACACCAAGAUCUCAAGAACAGCAGCAGCAACAACAACAACAACAAUAUCACUCAGUUUGUGGACUAAUGGGCUCACUACCCUUGUCAUUCAGCACACCUGCCACCUCUGAUCCAGAUUAUUAUAUGAUUCCUACCAAGGAGCUACCAAGGCUGCACGCUUCGGAAUCGGAGUUGACUCAGAUCAUAUCCGCCGCCAUGGCUUCGACUUCGGCUGCCAAUGCUCCGAUCGUCAGCAUAGACAUGCCACUAGGACCCUUGGAUUUUGAUCAUCAUGAUUUCAGCGCCUUCGGCGGCCCCGGCUUCUUCUGAUUAGCCAAGAUCACAAGACAAAGAUCUGCGUUUCUCUUUGCUGGCAAUGGCAAGAACAUGCCCAUUGAUUAUCUUCAAAUGCAAGAAUUCAUGUCCAAUCUACACUUGAGAGCAGAGAUCCAUAUAUAAUUAUCAUCAUUCGGGGAAGACAUGGCACCGCUGAAUCACUUUUGUCACUCUAAAUCUUCUCUUACAAAUAGAGCCAAAGAAAAUCUGGACCAGAACCCUUACAGGUGUAAUUGGCUCAAAAUUUAGUAGUUGUAGAUAUGAAGUAUCAUAGGCGAUAGAGUUGCAAGUCCCUUGCUUAUUUCUUUCCUUCUUUUGUUUUUUUUUCCUUAAUUUCAAUCCUCUUUUGUUCUA